AUGAAGCUUAACAUCUCUCUUGCAUCUCUUUUGAAAUACUUGUUGUUGCUGCCCAUCCCCAUUGGCAUCUAUAUUAUCAAGCAAUUGCCUCUGUCCCUUCACCUCGACCGUGACAAGAAUGACCUGCUCCUCAUCAAGAACAACCUCGAUGACAUCAAGACCGGAGACAAAGUUACCUUAGUUAACCCAAGAAGACCAUCUGAGAUCAUUGUAAGAACUAUUGUGGCCACUGAUGAUGAUACCAACUCUUUUGUGUACCCUACUACUCCAGUUCAGACAUCGCCAGACUUGAAGUCCUCGUCCAUCACUUGCUCUUCAAGUCCAUUCCCAAGAACAUUGAUCAAGGGAAAGGUCAUUGCCUCGCUCUACUGCCUCGGCCCAUUGUAA